AUGGCGCCACUCAAGCUGAACAACGCCAAUCUGGCCCAGAUCGCGACCGCGGGCGAGUCCCAUGUCAAGGUCCCCAACUACAAGCGCGGCGACGCGGUCAAGGAGGGUAUCGUUCACAUCGGUGUCGGUGGUUUCCACCGGGCACACUUGGCUGUCUACGUUGACCAGCUGAUGCAAAAGCAUGACGUGAACGACUACGCCAUCUGCGGAGUCGGCCUGCAGCCGUUCGAUGCUGGCAUGCGUGAUGCGCUUGGCUCCCAAGAUCAUCUCUACACUGUCAUUGAGCGAUCUGCUCAGGGCAGCUUUGCCAACGUGGUUGGCAGCAUCAACUCCUACCUUUUCGCUCCCGACAACCGCGAGGCCGUCAUUGCCAAGAUGGCCCACCCUGAUACCCACAUUGUUUCCCUCACCAUCACCGAAAGUGGUUACUACUACAACGAGAACACUCACGAGCUCCAAAGCGAGAACGCUGACAUUCAACACGAUCUCGACCCCGCCAACGACAAGUGCCCCCGCACCACCUUCGGCUUCCUCUACGCGGCGCUGGUUCGCCGCCGCAAGCAAGGCCUCAAGCCAUUCACCGUCAUGUCUUGCGACAACAUGUUGAAGAAUGGCUCCAUCACCCGCCACAUGCUCGAGUCCUUUGCCCGUCUUCGCGAUCCCGACAUGGCCAAGUGGAUUUCCGAGGAGGGUGGCUUCCCCAAUGCCAUGGUGGACCGCAUCACCCCUCAGACUGCCCCCUCCGACAAGGCGGCUCUUGCCGAGCACUUUGGCAUUGAGGACUCGUGGCCCGUCGUGACCGAGCCAUUCAUGCAGUGGGUCAUCGAAGACAAGUUCUCCGAUGGCCGCCCUCCCUUCGAGAAGGUUGGCGUUCAGGUCGUCACGGACGUCCACGAUGUCGAGCAAUUCGAGAAGCACAAGCUGCGCCUGCUGAACGGCAGUCACUCUGCCAUCGGCUACCCUGGCCAGCUGGCCGGCUUCAAGUACGUUCAUGAGGUCAUGGAGAACGAGCUGUUCCGCAAGUUUGUGUGGCAGUACAUGCAGGAAGAGGUCAAGCCUCUGCUCCCCGAGAUCCCCGGUGUCAACAUUGACGAAUACUGCAAAACUCUCAUGGAGCGCUUCUCCAACCCCACCAUUAUGGACCAGCUGCCUCGUGUUGCCCUGAACGCCUCCGGCAAGAUCCCUCAAUUCAUCAUGCCCUCGAUCGCCGAACAGAUCUGGGUGUCUGGUCCUUUCCGCCGCCUGUGCUUCAUUGCUGCUGCCUGGUUCCACUACCUCAACGGCGUGGAUGACAACGGCAACCAGUUUGAGAUUGACGAUCCCAUGCGUGAGGAGCUGCAAGCCAAGGCCCGUGCCGGUGGUUCCAAGCCCCACGAGCUGCUGAGUAUCCGCAACCUCUUUGGUGACGAUCUCCGUAAUGACAAGCGUUUCAUUCAGGAGAUAACCACCGCCAUGGAGGACAUCAAGCGGGAUGGCAUCAUGAAGACUCUUCCCAAGUACAUUGACUAA